GAAAAAACACAACUGCCACACCCUUUGACUCUCUAACGGCUAGUUUCCUUUACCACGCUCUUCUCCUUCAUUUCUCAUAUCUAACGACGACGACAAAAUGGACGAAUCUCUGAUCAACGGCGGCCCCGGCGAAGAAGUAAUCGGCGACGACUUCUACGAAAAUAUUGAGGCUCCUAAGUUCGUGGACUUCACCGCACCCAAUCGCUGCCGAACCGAAAAUGAUGACCGUUACUGGUUCUGUCUCCGUGUCGGAUGUGAUCAAAAGCAUGAAGAAGAAAUGGAUUCUGAAGCCAUUUAUAAAAAUUUUGUUCUUCGGGUUAUGGCCGCUAGGAGUCCGAGUGUUCGGCUUCGAAAAGCUCUUUACAGAAAGGAUUCAAGUUCAAAUUUGGAAUGCCCCCGUACGGUUCCUGCUAAAUCUUCAAAGUCUAGAGUGUCAAGAUUGGCUAUGAUUUCAUCCAUUCCUCAAAAGAUGGGUGAAGCCAAAGUGAAAGUUAGACCUGUUCCUAAGCAGAGUGCAACUACCCCAAAUGUGAAGGCAGCAAAGCAAUCAUCUACUAAGGCCUUGACUACACCAAGGAAUAGAAAGGGCCUCUCAAAUCCAGGUACUUUUCAAAGUGUUAGGAACCCGAAACCGACUACAAUUGAGGUACCAAAAAAUAGAGUGGUGGCAAAGGCUCUUGUAUUCCACUCUCCAAAGAGGGCAGUGAAGUUGAAGAAGUCUGUAGAAUUGAGUAGUUCGUUAAGAAAGAUAUGUAGAGGGAUGGAGAAGGUUGAGAUCACUGAGAAGAAUACAUUGGGGUGUAAGAAACCUUUAGAUGCUUCAAGGAAACAGUUAAGAGGGAGAGAGGUUAAAAGCCGGGUCUAUGAUUCUUUGCAUUUUCAGAAUCAGAAGAAGCAGGAAGCCAAAUCUGUAAGGUGUUCGAAGAAAAAGAACAAGGGAAAAGACUUGCAGCUGCCGACAAAGGGACCUAUGUGUCAUAAACUGAAUGAAAAGUACUCAACCGAGAUGGAGAUUGAGGCAAAAUCAAAGGAUUGUUCUUUGGAAGUUUGCUCUACAUCAAGUAUUUCUAAGAAUCCUUCAGAGGGCUUGAUGCAAGUAAUAGCCGAGAAAGUCAAAUUUUCAUCUGAUACCUCAAGGAAUAACAUGAACUCCCUUUCAAACUCUGAAGGAAUGAAUUCUGGAGAUGAUGAUGAUGUUCCCAAAUCCCAAAAUGAAGGGCAUGGUGAAAUUAAUGCAAGGAGUAGCCAGGAAGAGAAAAUUGAACCAUGUUUUAAGGACAAGGAAAUCCCUGAAGCCACGGAGAGUGAUGACAAAGAAAAUGCUUUGGCAUCUUACAUUGAAGUAAGUGAAAGCAAAAUUGACGAUAAGGAAAAUGCAUCAGCUUCUGAUGAAAACAGAAAAUUGAACUUUACCACCGGCAAGUUGAUGAAAAAUGAUGUUCUUGGAAAACAUGAAACUUCUAAAAGCAUUCAAAAGGUUACUAAAGUAAUGAGCAAGACUUUGAAAGAAAACUCCACAUCUGUAGUCAAAGGUGCUCAAGGGAUGAAGUACAGAAAACCCAAGCUUACAAAUCCCAAGCCUUUUCGGUUUAGAACUGAUGAAAGAGGAAUUUUAAAGGAAACAAACUUGGAGAAGAAGCAUCUUCAAGCACCAUUGAAAGAAACAACCACCUUUCCAGGAUCCCAAGGUGGAAAGUCAUGGAGAAAACAUCAGAAUGUACAAAUAAAUGAAAACUGCCCUGGACAAAUUGAAAAUGUUAAUUGUGCACAUGAAAGCAGUGACAAUAAAUCAGAUACAAGAACACUAAAGGAACCACCACAAACUAUCAAAACCUCUAGUUCAGGGAUUUCAGAAGGAACUAUAGAAAGAAAGCUUUCUACCACUCCAAAGAAACGUACUGUUCCUAUGCAUCAGAAAACCAAAUUUCCAUCAUUGCUGGAAAAAGGCCAAGACAAGGUAGCUCAAAAAUCCGAGGGCAGAUUUGAGAAGAAUAAAUUACCAUCCAUCAAACAACUAGUUAGACCACGAGGUGUAGCAUCAAGUAGGAAGAAAUUGGUUUCUCCCAUGAAGCCUGGUCAACUUGGUGUAAUAAAGGAAAUGUCACCUACAGUGUCCAUACGCAAAGGAAAACAUCAGAUCCUAACGAGAGUGGAACUUCCUUAGCGACUAAAGCUUCUGUUUCUAAUGCUUCGAGGCCAUCACCUCAGGGAAGAAGGCAUACAACAAUUCCAAAAGAGCCAAACUUUCAUAGCAUUCAUGUGCCAAAAAGCUGCACAAGGAGAGUAUUAUAGCUCAAGUGUAUCAUAAUCGCCUUGGUCAUAAGCCAACCCCUGUUUUUGUUGAAUUAGAUUUGCCUGCUUGAAUUCAUUUUUAGCACCUUGUUU